CCCGCUCUUGUACUGGAGCCUCAAGAUCAAGGCCGCGCGUCGUCGGUGGCGGCGAAGCGCCAAAUGCGUCAGGAUGAGCUCGGUGAAGGUUUGGUUCCGCAGGAGCGCUUUGAUGUACGCGGCCGGGACGUGGACUGUUUUGGGAGUUUUCGCCGCUCACGCCUUGUUUCACCGGGGGAAGAAGGAGGAGGAGGAGGAGGAGCAGCAGCAGACGCCGCCGCCUCAUUUGCCUAGUAAAGAAGAGAGAUUUUCCACAACCAUUUCAGAAGAUGCGCUUGUGGAGACUACUACAUAUACAUCACCAAGGAAACACUUUUAUGUCUCAACAGUGUCAACUUAUAAACCAAAUUUUAUACCAUACACAACUCGAUUACAAAAUUUUUUGCAAUCCUUUUUUGAUGAUAAUGCUAAGAAAGAAAAGUAAAUUACUCUUGGAAUAGGAACUCCAAAUGUUUAAAAGCCAUUGUCAAGAUGUCUUCUACUAAAGAAUAGAUUUUCCUAUAUCUUAAUGCACAAGGUCGGAGUCUGAAAUUACAGGAAUUGGAAAGUUCUAUGAACUGUCAGUAAUUGCUCUUAAAAAUAAGUGGGUUUCUUGGUCUGCUUUGCAGACAAUUGUCAUGGAUUUGAAUCUAUUGUGAGACCUAUUAAACUUUGAAUUUGUUUGGAA